UAUGUUGUAUAAGCAUCGUGGGGAUCAGCCCUAUUCCAUUUGACCACUCGGAAUCGAUCGAAAGUGAACAAAUGUAACACAACGUUGGAAGGCCCAUCCGAUCAAUAUAAUGGGCAGAAGCGAUAAGCAACACAAAAGGCGUGUUAAAACCAUCACACGGCAGAGACACAGACACAAAAUUGCAACUGAAGAGGGCCAGGUCGGUUUGGCCCUGCAUCAUCCAAACACAUCUCUCUCGACCCGUGAAUUGAUGAAGAAAUUUUAAAAUAAACUUUUUGCUCAAACAAAUGUGCCACGGUCGGUCGCGCACACAGGAGUGAAAACAAGCUCAUUAAAACCAGUCUCCGCGUCACCUGCCACGACAUUUUCAUCCCGAAAACGUUGUUUGUGCAUUCGUCCGUGGUCCAAUCCGCCCUUUACACGCGUGUGCCGUGUUUUGUCGUGUAACCUGGUGGGUUAAACAGAACGGCGCCGAACACAUCUAUAGUCAGUAGUUUAGACAUCGCCGUUCAUCAUUCUUUGCCUCACCACGAGGUAGCUUCCGUACCGAUCGCAUGUUGAAGGUUUCAUGAAAGGCGACUGCCGCCCGUUCGUUGUUGACGGCCACCAAGUCGGACUGGUCAGCCAGAAUGUGAUCGAGCAGCUGCUCAAAUAUCCUGAAGUAUUUCACAUCAGAGCUCCGGAGCAUGGCAAGCAGAAAAUUGUCGAACUGAAUCCUGCCUUUCGGGAUUACAAUACACGCUCGCAGCAGGUCGACCGGAUACUGCGCGAAUUCCGCAAGCAGGGCAUGUUUGUUGCAUUGAAAGGUUGGCGUGACGAAUGUUACGACGUUAAGUCAUCCACCGGCUCACUGCUCAAGAUGGACCGCUCGGCAACGUGCCUGUUCGGUGUGCGUAACUACGGUGUCGAGAUAAACGGGUACGUCCGUCACCCGACCAAGGGUCUCUGCAUUUGGCUGCAGCAACGGUCCGACACGAAGCAAACGUGGCCAGGCAAGUGGGACAAUAUGGUGAGCGGUGGACUGGCGGUCGGUUACGGUGUGCUUGAAACGGCCAUCAAGGAAGCGGCCGAGGAAGCAUCGAUACCUGGCCACCUGAUCAAAAAUCUCGUGUCCGCCGGAUGCGUAUCGUUUUUCUUCGAAAGUGAACGUGGUCUCUUUCCCAACACGGAGUUCGUGUACGAUCUCGAACUGCCCGAAGACUUUGUGCCUGAUAAUUCCGACGGCGAGGUGCAGAACUUUCAGCUUCUACCGGCCCACGAAUGUCUCGAGCGGGUGUUUAUGCCCGACUUCAAAACCACCAGCUGCCCGGUGGUAAUCGAUUUUCUCAUCCGCCAUGGUAUUAUAACGCCGGAAAAUGAAACAAACUUCACGCAGGUCAUCGAGUUGCUGCACGUACCGCUGCAGAGCUUGUACACCUACCGUACGACGCCAAACGACGGAUCGGCCAACGCCUGUGCAACUACAGCGGCAACAACAAACCAACGAGAUCUCAUUAGCAGCAAUAAUAAAAACAGUAUCGAAAACGGCAAGCUCUAAUCAAUGUAACGGCCUGCGGAACCGUAAUUACUACUAGUAAAACCGUGAGACAAAAAAAUGUACUAGCGCGUAAUCCGUAAUGCAUCAACGAGAAAGAAGACAUGCGCUGCAAGCGCAAUACGUGUUUUUAACACCAGAACUAGAGAGCAAAAGUUGCAUAUAUUUGGGCAAGGAAAGGAAUAUAACAAAAUAAUGAAGAAAAUAUGUUUUGCCACAUAACGAAACGCUAAGAGAAAUGAUAACAUAGGAAAGGGUUAGCAAUCGCGUUUAAGGUCGCUCAUUUGCGUUUUAUGUGUUACAAGCUGUAAGUAAGACAACACAGUCUAAGUUAGGCUUAACUGCGUGCGCGUUAUAGCGUUGUUCUUAAAACAACAUUAAUAAUCGUAUAAAAAUCAAGCAAAAAGGCUGAUGAUGGGAAGGACUGGGCAGGAGUUUUAACAAUUAAUCAUCUAGAUCGGAUAAUGCUAACAUUUGGGAGUGCGCGCCUUUAAAUGUUUACAAUUUUGUUUUUAAAGUGUCUGUUUUCACUGUAAUGAUUAAGUCCAAAGUAUCUGUUUUGUUUUUAUUAUUGCAGCAUUCAAUGCUUCUUGUCAAUGAAUAAUAACUAAAACAAUCGUAAUAAACACACAUUCAUAGGUUAAUUACUAGCGUGCGGCAGCAAUUAAGAAGGAGAAAAAGAUAUACCAAAAUUCGGCAUUCAAGAUUAAUUAACAACAAAAAUCAACAUUUUUGUUUAAAAAUUAAGCAUUACAUCGAAAGGAAAGUGUUGAUAUCCUUUCGUUCAGUCUAGCAUAAUGAAGAUGUGUGAUCAUUUGCUAAUUAAAUUAAGCCUUUGUCACACGGAAAAGGGUAACUCAAUCAAACCAGCAGAAUUAUAUAGUAAACUAAUCGACGCAACACGAUUAGUGAAGUACAGCAUACUUUUAAUCAUCACGUCUGCCAAAAGCCCCAACAGGAAGCAAUCACAACUAGCUGGAUUAAUCUAUUAACAACAGAACACAAUCGUAAAAACGUCUCUUUACCAAACUCUUCGGUAUUAAAUCCCAAAUCCCUGAUUAAACACCAGCACACCCAACAAUAACAAAUUCUGCAUUAAAGCACAGUGUUUUGGAUUGUACAUUUAGCGUAUUUAUCUGUUUUGCUUCGUUUAGAGAGAGCGUGUGUGUGCUGCAUUGGCACCGUGCAUAUAUGUAUUAUCGUUAACGAACAUUUCUAAUUGUUUAUGACAACGAUUCGAACGCAUAUCUGUGACGUACAUAUAGUUUUAGCUUAAACUACGUAACGUUUACACGAAUUGCAUAGCAGGGAUCGCCAUACAACAGGGAGUAGGUAUCAACCGAAGUGAAACGAACGAUAAGAUUCGGAUGAACAAGUUAAGUAGAUAGGUAAAAUGGAACUCUCUUCCGUGUAUUAUGAAUCCAUUUCAAGCUGCGCGUAACCUCCACGUAUAUUUUGUUAGCUUCCGACUUGAUUUCUAAACUGUGCCAUCAAUUCAGCAGCGUGUGAAAGAAUGCUCUACAACGACAAAAAGACUAUGUAUCGCUUCAACGCAUAUAUACCACAAAACAUGACGAACUACACAUCACAAUUCACUCCCUAAUUCUGGCAAACGGGUCACCGGGCUCUAGUUGGCCGCGUUUGUGGUUUUGCAUGUCUUUUCUAAGCAUAGAUAAGCAUCUUAUUUAUUAGUUUACCGCGAUAUAUCGUACCGCCGUUCUUAACUUGUUCAAACUCGUCUUUUGAAAAUUGUCAAAACAUUCGUCCUUUUUAUUCGUGUAAGCGUAAGGACGGUUCGCCGUUUCUGCUACUUUAUCCUAUUAUUUUUCCGUUGUACUAUUAAUUAAUGUUAUAACUUAGACUUUUUCGAUAAAACAACACCCCCAUCAUACCAGGAGGAUCGAAUUACACAGUAACAUCACACUAAUUAUGGGACGAGGGAAUUGUGUGAGUGGUUGGAAUAAGCGGAGUAAAUAUUUAUUGUAUUAAACCCCUAGAAUCUGUUCUUUCUUGUAUACCUAUAA